AUUUUCAAACCGCCGCCGGCGCCGCCGCCGCCAUUUGUGACCGGGCUGAGGCGGCUCCGCUCCCGCUCCCAGUCCUGCUCCCAACCCCGCUCCCAGCCCCAUGGAGGCAGAGCCCCCGGGCCAGAAACCCCCUCGGCGGAGACGCAGCAGGGCCAGCAGCCCGCCCCGCCCGGCGGACGGCACCCCCGGCGCGGCCGCCUCCUGCAGCCGGUACCCCCUGAGGAGAGGCAGCUCCUUCACAUUCCUGACUCCAGGACCACACUGGGAUUUCACCCUGAAGAGGAAGCGCCGCGAGAAGGACGAUGACGUGGUGAGCCUGAACAGCCUGGACUUCAAGGAGCCCAGCCCCGUCCACAGCACCCCAGCUGCGCCUCCGCAGGGCUGA